UUGACGUACGGGGACCUGGCUGCCCUGGCUCGUGUCUCGCGAGAGCUCAAUGAUCUUGUCAAUCCUUACCUCUACCACACGGUUCGCUUCCAUAGCCCCGGGCACAUCGAUGCCCACGACAAACUUCUGAUGAAGCUGGACACGCUUGCCCACCCCGAAUUCGACAAGAUGGGGCUCAUCAAGCGCGUGAUCGUGUCCGGGACCUGGUAUUCGACGUAUGCCUCGAUCGACUCCUGGCUGGCGCCGAGGAGAAUCCUAUCCCCAGCAGCCCGGUUGCUUAGCAGUCUCCUCUGCAGCUGCGUAGUCCGUAUGCCGAACUUGGAGGAAUUCGUUUGGGAUAUGCAGGUCUCCCUCACCCAGUAUCUGGUCUCGAAUGUCGUCCUGCGGCCGAUGCUCCGGAAUCUCCAGCUGCGCAUGGGCACCGACUGCACCCCCAAGCCCUUCUUCCGACCCCCGCUGAACAUGAAGCUCUCGAUGAGCCUGACAGUGCUUUCCCUCGUGCAGGUGGACGACGUGGAAGUGAUGAGAUCGGUGGGAGCGGCGGUGUCGAGCGCGACGAACCUGCGGGAGCUCACGAUCUGGGCGGAUAAUAAUUCCGGGAUCAGCGUCAGCACCCUAUUCGAGAGCUGGCCCACACAUCUGGCCUCGCAACUCUACCUGCUGGACCUGCGCGGCUUCGCGGCCCUAGGGGUCACGCCCGCCGACUUCUGGGCCAUGCUGCGACCAUCCAAACUCACCACCAUCACCCUGGACUUCCUCGACCCGGACUCGCUCGCCACCACCGUCCGGAACUUCUGGGACGCCGGGCUCGAGGCGGACUUCCGCCCUGUGCGGCUUACCACCAAUCUCCUCGACAGCUCGAUCGACGGAUUCCUGCGCGCCUUUAGUGGGCUGGAGGUCUUUCAUGGCACCCCGAUCCGCGGCCAAACGUCUAGUCAGCUGGUGGCCUGUGAGUCGCUCGUGGAGGUGCUGGAGACGCAGCAUGGUGCCACCUUGAAGGUGCUGGGUCUGAGCCUGCCGUGCCACGAGGACCGACCCUGCUCCUGCGCAGAGUUGCUGACCCUGAUUGCAUCGAGGUUUCCGCAACUGGAAGAGCUUCGCAUUCGACAAGAUAAGGUCGACGUGCACAGACUGACCAGAUUGCAUCUCUCCCACCACCCACAGGAAGCCAUCAAGUCCGCCCUCUCCCUCCCCCAACUGCAAGUCCUCUACAUCGAUAUCCAAGACGACUUCUCGACGCCCACUUCGGAAUUCCUGUCCGUCGCCGAACCUCCCCUGCGCGAGGGCUACGCGAAGGAGCUGCGAUACUUCGCCUUUGGCGACGGCACCACGUACGAAUACUUGAGGGAGGAGGGCAGUUUUUCGAACACGCCGUCUCUCGUCGGGUAUAUCCCGGGUACUGUCUUGCUCCAUGAGAAGAUGUAUGACUGGGUCGGGACUGCAGUGUGA